CGUCAACUAAAAAGCUUACAACAGUAGUAGCAGCGGGGCACUGAAGAAGCAACAAUGGGAGUCACAAUGGGUUUGAAUCUGCUACUGCUCCUGGCCAUGGUGGCCACCAACAUCCUCUCCCUCUACCACCUCUCCACCACCAUUCAAUCCCCUCAAUCUCCCUCCUCACAACCAUUUCCUAUCCCUGAACACCUCAUCCGCCAGCUCCAAACCAUACGCGCCGCUAUCAGCCACCACAUGCACAACCAACCUUCCACCGACACAACCACCACUGACGAUAGCAACAGUAAACCAACGAUCCCUUCAGAUCUCCUCCUCUACGCCCAACUCUCCCCCAUUGCCUCCUCUUGCCACAACCACCCUGACCUCCUCCACAAGUACAUGACCUACACCCCCUUCUCUCUCUGUCCCCAAGACUCCGACCUUGGGGAAACCCUAAUCCUUCAUGGUUGCCACCCUCUCCCUCGCCGUCGCUGCUUCUCUAGAACCCCGUCAAAACCCCCAAAUUCACUACCUGUCAAUCCCUUCCCUUCCUCUUUCCCUGAUUCUGCCGUGAUUUGGUCUUCCCCCAAAUUUUCCUGCAAAUCUUUCUCUUGCCUCGCUCAAUCUAAUCCCAAUCUUGGUUUCGACAUCACACACGAGAUUUCACGGUUCACGAGUUACAAGACCGAGCUGGAUCUCCCGAUUCCACAGCUGGUACAGAUAGCGAAAUCGGCGAAUUCUGUUCUUAGGCUCGGAAUUGAUAUCGGAGGUGGAACGGGUACUUUUGCAGCUAGAAUGAAGGAGCACAAUGUGACUGUCCUGACCACAACUAUGAACUUCAAUGCGCCGUACAACGAGGCUGUUGCAUUGAGGGGAUUGUUGCCAUUGCACGUGCCCCUGCAGCAGCGGUUACCGAUGUUUGAUGGAGUGAUGGAUCUGGUCCGGUGUGGGCGGGCGGUGAAUCGGUGGAUACCAUUGACAAUGAUGGAGUUUUUACUGUUUGAUGUGGAUAGGGUUUUGAGGGGAGGAGGGUAUCUCUGGCUUGAUCACUUCUUUGGUAAAGCAGUGGAUCUUGAGAAGGUUUAUGCGCCAUUGAUUGGCAAGCUAGGGUACAAGAAGGUGAAAUGGGCUACAGCGAGUAAGCCGGAUUCGAAGAAUGGGGAGGUUUACUUGACUGUUCUGCUGCAGAAACCUGUGUCGAGAUGAUGGUGGAAAUUCUGAUACUGAAACAGAGGAAGAACAUUUCUCUAUUUUGGAUCAAAUCGGUCUCAUUUCUCAGAAGAUGGUGUUCUCAACCUACAUUACUUGACAAGGUUUAUUUACACAGCAAUAUGAAUCUGGCAUUUGAAUGUGAUUAGUGUUGUAAAGAGUGUAGAGUGGAAUACGGUUCACAGGGAAUGCAUGGCAACAAGGUUUUGCCGGCUCAAAGUAGACUGCAUUUCUUUGUUCACUUCUUUCUUUGUUGUAAUGGUCCCAUACAAUGUAGGGAAUAAAAAUUCUAGACUUCCUAACUUUUCAGA